AUGGCGCUGUGCCUGAAGCAGGUGUUCGCCAAGGACAAGACGUUCCGGCCUCGGAAGCGCUUCGAGCCAGGCACACAGCGCUUCGAGCUGUAUAAGAAGGCGCAAGCAUCGCUCAAGUCCGGCCUGGACCUGCGCAGCGUGGUGAGGCUGCCGCCGGGGGAGAACAUCGACGACUGGAUUGCCGUGCACGUCGUGGACUUCUUCAAUCGCAUCAACCUCAUCUACGGCACCAUGGCCGAGCGCUGCAGCGAAACCAGCUGCCCGGUCAUGGCGGGCGGGCCCCGCUAUGAGUACCGCUGGCAGGAUGAGCGCCGGUACCGGCGGCCCGCCAAGCUCUCGGCGCCGCGCUACAUGGCUUUGCUCAUGGACUGGAUUGAGGGCCUCAUCAAUGACGAGGAUGUCUUUCCCACUCGUGUUGGAGUUCCCUUCCCCAAGAACUUCCAGCAGGUCUGCACCAAGAUCCUGACUCGCCUCUUCCGGGUCUUCGUCCAUGUCUACAUCCACCACUUCGACAGCAUCCUCAGCAUGGGGGCUGAAGCACAUGUCAACACCUGCUACAAACACUUCUACUACUUCAUCCGUGAGUUCAGCCUGGUGGACCAGCGGGAGCUGGAGCCGCUGAGGGAGAUGACAGAGCGGAUCUGUCACUGAGCCCAAGCCUGGAGUUGUUGCCUGUCAGAUGGACCAUCUGAACACAGAGUGGCUGGGGAGAAGACCCUCAGGAAUCUGGUGGCAGAGGAACCUAAAGUCCCUGGGACCCCUCCACACACACAAAGCCCCUGGACUUGUAGUUCUCAAGAGUCUGCCCACGUGCCCC